AUGGUGACACAUGCGGCGACGGCGAGCCGGCGGCAGGACCAUGGUUGAGCGCGCCAGCAAGUUCGUGCUUGUCGUGGCAGGCUCGGCGUGCUUCAUGCUCAUCCUGUACCAGUACGCGGGCCCAGGACUGAGCCUGGGCUCGCCCGGCGGCCGUGCGCCGCCCAGCGACCUGGACCUUUUCCCCACGCCUGACCCGCACUACGAGAAAAAGUAUUACUUCCCAGUGCACGAGCUCGAGCGCUCGCUGCGCUUCGACAUGAAGGGCGAUGACGUGAUUGUCUUCCUGCACAUUCAGAAGACAGGUGGCACCACCUUCGGCCGCCACCUUGUUCAGAACGUGCGCCUUGAGGUGCCCUGUGACUGCCGGCCCGGCCAGAAGAAAUGCACCUGCUACCGGCCCAACCGCCGCGAGACCUGGCUCUUCUCGCGCUUCUCCACCGGCUGGAGCUGCGGGCUACACGCCGACUGGACAGAGCUCACUAACUGCGUGCCUGGCGUGCUCGACCGUCGAGACCCCGCUUCGCUGCGCACGCCCAGAAAGUUCUACUACAUCACCCUGUUGCGAGAUCCCGUUUCACGCUACCUAAGUGAGUGGCGGCACGUGCAGCGGGGUGCUACCUGGAAGACAUCCCUACACAUGUGUGAUGGACGCACACCCACGCCCGAGGAGCUGCCACCCUGCUAUGAAGGCACAGACUGGUCAGGCUGCACGCUACAGGAAUUCAUGGAGUGCCCUUACAACCUGGCCAACAACCGCCAAGUUCGCAUGCUGGCCGAUCUUAGCCUGGUGGGCUGCUAUAACCUGUCCUUCAUCCCCGAGAGCAAGCGUGCCCAGCUGCUGCUUGAAAGCGCCAAAAAGAACUUGCGAGACAUGGCCUUCUUCGGCCUGACCGAGUUCCAGCGCAAGACACAGUACCUGUUUGAGCGGACGUUCAACCUCAAGUUCAUCCGGCCCUUCAUGCAAUACAACAGCACCCGGGCAGGUGGCGUGGAGGCAGGAGAGGACACCAUCCGCCGGAUUGAGGAGCUCAAUGAGCUGGACAUGCAGCUCUACGACUAUGCCAAGGAUCUCUUCCAGCAGCGCUACCAGUACAAGCGACAGCUGGAGCGUCGGGAACAGCGCCUGCGCAGCCGUGAAGAACACCUGCUGCACCGUGCCAAGGAGGCCCUGGCCCAGGAGGAUGCUGAGGAGCCAGGCCGGGUGCCCACAGAGGACUACAUGAGCCACAUCAUCGAGAAGUGGUAGAGCACUGUGGAG